AUGGCGACCUGUUCAAGGGCGAAGCGCAAGCUCCCGGCGUACGCGCUCUUCGUCAAGUGCGUCACGGCGGUCUCGUAUGUGCACACGCCAGCGUCAAGCUGCCCGGAGAGAGACUGCAGCGCCCUGCCGCCGUACCACAGUGGCCUCUGGGCGCCCUACUCGGGCGAUAGCCAUGAUCGAUAUCAAAGCAUAGCGGAAACCAUGCGGUGUCGCUUGUGCUCGCGAGGCUCCAGGGAAGAUUCGUAUCAGUUCAUGAACAGCGGCAUGUUUUUCUUGUCGCAUGAGAGCACGAUGCGCGAGUCACUUCAUGCGCAGCGUACAGAGAAGCAGAACUGUGUUAUCCGCAGUAUACCGGAAGCAGGUCGUUGA